ACUGAUAGGAGGAGGUGUCCUAAAAGGCAAUCUGCACACCCGUUUCAACACUUUCCCAACGAGACAACCCUCGGGACGGACUGCAGGGCGAAUUGGAUACCUGAUUCGGCAACGAUAGUUUCACUUUGAGCGCUUAAUUUGGAGACAGCGUGGCGUUUUAUCAUGGGAGCGACACCAUCCGUGCAGCGUGACGCGAAGAGUCCUGAAGAUGCGCCAGAGGACGCGGUCGAUGCAGAGGUGAACGAGAGGAGGGAGCAGGAUGGAGAAAACGUGGAUGACAAGCCUCUUCAAAAGAACGGACAGAUCUCUAUCUCCAGUCUUAACGGAAAGACAGACGAUCAAUCAGAAUAUAAUGGUCACACAGAGGAUAACCCCCCAGCUGAAGUUGGCCAGACGGACACCAUCUCCCAAAAAGAAGAAAGUACUGAUACAAUUGAGGUGCAUCAGGAAGAGGCUGCCCCACAGGUUAAUGGAGAGAAAGGAGAUGAUUCUGCAAAUGCAGAUGAAAUUACUACCAUAGAAGAGAAGGCAGUAGAGGAAAAACAAGAGGAGGCCAAUGAGGUGGGCUUCAAAAAGAUCUUCCGCUUUGUUGGAUUCAAGUUUACACUGAAGAAGGAUAAGAAUGAGAAGACUGAACCUGUCCAGCUGCUGACAGUGAAGGAAACAGAUGGUGGUGCACAAGAUCCAGCUUCUGAAGAAAUUAAAGAGGAACUUACAACAGAGGAAGCUAAAUCUGUGGAAGAGAAAUCACCAGAAACAACAGAGAAAGAACAAGAGACAGCAGCUGAAGAUGUGACUGUUAAAGCAGUGGAAACAACAGACAAACCUGCAGAAGAUGCAGCAGCAGAGGCCGAAAAAAGCAGUGAUGAUGUGCCAGAGAAAUCUGCAGAGGAAAUGGAGGUAACCCCAGAGAAAGAGCCAGAACCAGAAGUGCAAACUGAAUCUACAAGUCCACUCUCUGAAGAGACACAGAGUCCCUUCAGGAGAUUUUUCACUCAGGGAAUCUUUUCCAACCUGCGCAAGAAGACAAGCUUCAAGAAGCCCAAAGAUGAGGAACCAGUGAAGGAAAAGUCUACAGAGGAGGAAAUUAAGGAAUGUGAGGAAAUAGCAGGGGAUGCUGUUGAUGGUACAGAGAAAGCGGAGGUGGAUGCAGAGAAAGUACCAGUUGAUGCCGAGCAGAAAGAGGAGCCAGCAGAAAUUAAAACUGAAGCUGACACAGCUGAAAUUGCUUCCACUGACACAGAGGAGCAAAAGGAUCUUAAAGUAGAGGCUGAGGCUGCAAGUGAAGCUGAAACUGUGGCUGAAACUGAAACUGCUGAAGCUCCUGCUGCUGAAACUGCUGAUGAUGCACAGCCCAUCGAAGAUGCAAAGCCAACAAAUGACAAGCCAGAUGUCUCUGAAGUAGUGACCACUGAGGCUGAAAUCCUGUCAUCCCAGGAGAAAGCUAAGCCUCAGGGAAGCCCACUCAAGAAGCUCUUUACAGGAGCAGGUCUGAAAAAGCUGUCAUCCAAAAAACAGAAGAAUAAGAAAGAAGCAGAAUCAAAGCAAACAGAAUCAAGCGAACAAGCUGCUGAACAAAUCCAGUCAUCCACUGAGUCAGCUGAACCCCAGAAACCUGAUAGUGGAGCAUCUUCUCCAGAGGAAUCUGUUGAGCAUGUUGUAGAGGAGGUAAAGCAAGCUGAAAUGGCUCAAGCUGCGGAGCUUGAGGGUGAACAAGUCACUUCUGACAGUGAGAAGAAGAAAGAUGGAAUUCUACCCUGGUCAUCUUUCAAAAAACUAGUCACUCCGAAAAAACGUGUCAAAAGGCCUUCUGAGAGUGAAGAUGAGGCACCUGCAGACAAACCUAAAUCUUCUACCCUGUCGUCAACUGAGAGUGCCAGUGCCGUACUUGAUGACAAAACUGAUGAGCCUAAACCUUCUGAAGAAGCACCAUCUGAGUCUAAAGAAGAAACACAGGUAGAUUCUAAGGAUGAGGCAAAACCUGAGAAGGCCGAACCAGUUGCAGAGGAGCCAAAAAGAAAAAUGGAUACCUCUGUUUCCUGGGAAGCUCUUAUUUGUGUGGGGUCAUCUAAAAAACGGGCCAGGAAGACUUCUGAUUCUGAUGAUGAGGAACCUAAAAUUGAGGAAGAAGUGCAGCAGGUUGAAGAGGAGCAGGUGAAGACCACUGAGUCACCUGUUGUAAGUUCAGGUGAAGCUGACCAUGAGAAUUUGGCAUCCUCACCUGAACCGGAGGAAGAGCUUGUUUCCACUUGGGAGUCCUUCAAGAGGCUGGUCACCCAUAGAAAGAAACCAAAAGGAGAAGCUGAUGAAGCCUCAGGCCCAGAGCAGCCAAUGUCUGACAGUGAAAUCCCCAAAGAAGAAUCCUCUUUUUCUUUGAGGAAACUGAUUCCACGUAGGAAAAAGAAGUCUGAUGGUAAACAUGACAAAGUCUCAUCUGACGUUGGCUCUGCAGAGGAUGACUCUGACACUCCAGCAGUGGUGCCUCUGUCAGAAUAUGACAGUGAAACCGCUCCAGAAGUUGCUGUUAAGGCAGAGGAGGUGAAGGAGGAAAGUGCACCAGUGACUCAGUUAAAGGCCCCAGCUGAAGACAGAUCACCAUCAUGGAUCUCAACUGCUGUGGAAAAUAUUGAGGAUGCGAUAGAAGGAAAUCAACUAAGUGACAUACCUGAAGAGGGAGACACCGCUGCCACACCUAAAUCCGCUGACAGCACCAUUGCUGAAGAUGUUGUUGAGCUCACAUCAGAGGCUGUUACUGCUCUUGAACAAGUAGAGGAAACAGAAAUGGUUUCUGCUGUUUCACGUGUUACAUCAUCACCAGUUACAUCAGGUGAGACAACUCCUGUCCCAGGUGAUAAUGUGGAGAAAAAGACUGAGGCAGUAUUACAGGAAGCCGUUGAGACGAUCACUGUUACCACAGGUGCCAUGACUGUCACCAUGACUGAGGAGCAAGAGAUAAAUGUUGUUUCCACAACUGAUCCUAUUCAAGUUGAGUCAGCUACCAAGGAAGAGAAAACCAUAUUGGUUGUUCAUGAGAAAACUGAGGCAACAACCAUUUGCACCGGCCUUGACACUAAAGAAAUACAGGUGGUGGAACAGGAGAGCCUCUCAAAGUCUUCGGUAGAGUCUAUCACAGUUGUUAGCCAGGUACUAGUCACAGAGAUGGCUGUAGAAGACAAAAUUGAAAAGCUUGAAAAGGCCAGCGUGACUGAGGAUGAAGUUCUCGAGGCUCAGGUGAGUGAAGUUCAGACAGACCUUAAAGAUGAGCCUCAAAUAACUUUAGAAAAUGCUGUUGAGGAAAAAGUGCAGUUUGAAGAGGUGAAAGAAGAACCUGCAGCAGAGACUGUCACUGACAUUCAAGAAGUAGCAGCAGUUAAGCUUGCAGUAAUCAAUGCAGUACAGCAGGAGCCAGAAAUUCUUGAAGAGCCAGUGGUAGCUGAAGAAACCCCCAGCGUUGAGGCUGAAGGUCCUGUUGAACCAACUAUUGAAGAGUCAAUCUGUGCCAAAACUGUAGAGGUCACUGAAGUUGCUGUUGCUGAAGGUGAGAAGAUGCAAGUACUGGAGGAUGUUAAAGAGUCAGUUGCCAGUGUUGAGGUAGCACCUGUUGAGGGUGUAUCGAUAGUUGUAACAGAUGAGGUCACGGCAACCCUUCCAGAUGUACCUGCUGCUGAAACCGCAAAGGAAGAUCCCAUUCCUGUUAUUGCUCCCUCUGAAGAAUUUGCAGUCAUCAAAGAAACUGUAUGUGUUAUAAGCUCAACAUCUGAGACAUCCCAGACAGCAGUGCUAGCACAGGAAACAAUUAUGGAAAAAGUUCCCCUUGUUAUUCCCACUGGUGACCACAAAAUUCAGGUUAUAGUGAAUGAUGUAGAUGUUGUCUCUGCUCAAGGAGAAGUUGAGGGUGACAUUGAAGUGGCCUCAACAAGAGUUACUGUUGUAGUGGAGGAAGCUUGUGACAGUGUGUUAGAAGAAACUGAACUGGUACAGGCAAACCAAGUAACAGAAGCAGAAAUCAUUGAGAAACAAAGCAGUGUCAUUGUGCAGGAGGUCAUUCAAAAUGUUGUUGAGAACUUUGUGGAAACACAUGAGGAUAAAAAGGAUGCUGAGGAAGUAAAGAGCUGUGCCGCAUCAGUGGUAGUCAAGCUUGAAGAGCCUCCAGCGGCUCCUGAAAUAAUCAAGGAACAACCCACAACAGACGUUUCAGAGGAAAAAACAUCACUAGAGGAACCAAGUACUUCUGAGACUCUCUGCAAAGAUGAUGAACAAACUCGUAUUAUCAUUGAGAAACCAACUAUAACAGUCAGUGAAGCUGCGUUGAUUGCAGAAACAGUCCCGGUGUCUCUCACAGGUGAAAUCUCAGUUCAAAGUGAGGAGGUUGUAACAGUUUCUGUGACAACUGUGCAUCAAGAAAUAGAGGUAACAAAAAGCGAAAUUGAUCUUAAGCAGGCAGAAGAGAAGACAUGCGAAGAACAGUGUAGUGAGACCACAGAAAGUAAAGAUGGAAAAAGUCAAGUCGAGGCCACUGAGACACCAGCUUCAGCAGCCACACCAGAGGAAAAGUGCCCGACUACUGAAACAACUGCUGUUGUAGGUGCAAGUCAAGAAGAGUUGGUGGCUGAAGAGUGUCAAGUGGCGAAGGAGGUACAGAUUGAAUCAGCACAGGAAUUCGAUGUUGGUGUCGUUAAUGUAAUAAAUGCAGUCAGUGAACCUGUUCAAGACCCAGAGACAGUAGAAGACAGGCUUAAAAAAGACUUGAAAGAUCCCCAUACAAAAGCUUCAACACAGGACUCUAAAAACCAGGUAGAAUCCGCAGAUCCAGAUUGUCAAAAGGCAGAUGCUGCCAAACAGGAGAUUGAUGCUGAGGAGACGGCAGAUGCCAUUGCAGUGGAGGAGGUGGCGAAUGACAUUGAACCCGUGUCCACAGAUGUUGUCACAGUGUCAUGAGCAGUCUGCAUGCAAGAAGCGGUCACAUGACUGGGAAUUCAGAGCUUUCCGGAAAGCAGGAUGUGAGAGGCUACCAUGGAGGACACUAAGAGAUGUUGCUCUGUCCCAGAGCCCCCAGAGACUGAAGGCCAUUCUCUUUUUCUAUCUCUCUCUCCAUUAAUCCGUCCAUUCUUUUGUCCCUCAUUCCAAAUUUCCCAUCAUAUCACUGAGGUCUUUCGCCUCUAUGGACUCACUAUGGGAUCAACCCACCCUCCAUCAUUUUUCUAUAUUUUGCCAAAUUGCAUCAAAUGUCAUUUUAUCUCAUCUGUGACUUUUGCAAUGAACAUUUUUAUUUUUUAUUAGUUGUUCAACCAUGCUUGUGUUGAAUGGAGAGAAUAUGUAUGCGUGGUUGUUGUAUGAGUGUGGUGUUGGAGUAGGAGGGUUUAUUUGUUUUUUUGUAUAUUGUAUUUAUAUCUUAAAUAUUCACUCAACCCUCUCAAACACAUUCUAACAUUUUUAAAAAACUAUUCCUUGGCAGAUGAUUUCAUGAUGAUGUAAAAGUAUUAUUUAGACUAGUAAUGCUAACAAACAUGGUACAGAUGCGCUACAGCUUUCGCAAACAACAAAGUUCAGUGGCUGUGGAGUCAAAAUCCAUCAGCCAUUACUCAUUCUCACUGUAGGUAAAUCACUUGUGAGUCUCAUACUGUGAAAUGUUAAGUCUGUCGAUCAUGUACAAUCACAAUGAACAAUCUCACCUGCGAUCAUGCGUGAGAUUUUAAGUUUGUGGUACCCUGUGAAAUAGAUUAUGUUGAUAAACACCUGCAUGAGUAGGGAAUGUUUAGUAAGGACAUUUUAUUGUCUCCAACAUACAUCUGCACUUCACUGUUUUAUGGCCUCAGUUUCAACUACUAGAAAGAAUCUAAGCUGGUUCAAAACUAAAUUGUGAUGGAAUUGUGCAUAAGAUUACAGACUAAUACAGACUGGGGAGUUGCAAUGGCACCUUCUAUUGGUGACCUUUGCAGGAUUUAUAGUGUAGUGAUACGUAAAAUGAUGAUUUUAAUUUACAGAUACGUGAGUGUUCAGUAAUAUAGUUUUGAACAUUUUUUGCAAUCCUAAUCUCCAUAUCAGUGACUGUUAUUUCUUUAAAAUGCCUUUUUGGGUGUGUAAUGUCAAAACCAUUAUGCUGGCAGGAGUGGACCAUAGGGUCCAUGGCAAGAAUUUCACAAAUAAUAUUAAAUGCAUCAAGAAGAUGGGUUGCAAACUGUAAAAAUGUAGUGUAAUUCAUUAAUUAACAUUUAAUUUGGUGGACAUUUGCUUUUGAUCACUCAAAAUAGAUGCAGGUCAACUUUCAAGAUCAAAUUACAGAAACUACAUAGAGGAUGCAUGAAAAUAGAAAAUCAGCUCUGCUACUGUCACGCCUUGAAUGAAAAGCCAACUCACAUUUUUUCUUAGCUUUUAUAAUACUGUCUACUGUGAAGCUCUUUAACAUUUGUACAAAUUGUAUACCUAUCUACCUUAAGUCAUAUUGUAAUAUUAACAAAUAACCAAUGAAAACAUUAAGGAAUGUUGUAUACCAGUAGCAUGAACCUCACAUAUUCUUUUUGUAUUCUUCAAGCUGUUAAUAGUAUGGAUACAAAAUCAUGUCUAUAUUUCAUUCAAAUAAAGUUAGUGUAAAGCAGG